CAAGGCCUUCGCUCCCUCCUUUCAGCAGCUUCUUCAACCUAACACCUCUAGCCCCAUCUCUUCUCGAUACCUGACAAAUUGCCGCAGAAGCAUGUCUAUCUCUAAGGGACAAAACACAAAUGCACCACCGCUUGGAUUCAUUUCGGUGGAUGUCGAUAUCGAGCGACCGGUAGGGGAUCCUUUCAACGAAGCGACGUGGCCCUUCCCCCUCCUCAAAGAAUUGGCAGAAGGCUCGCAACUGAACAAUAUCGUCACGAGUGAAACAUAUCCUGAAGAAUUUCUAGCUGGCAUAGUCUCGGCUGGGGAGAAGCUCCAACAAAAGGGCUGCGUUGGCAUCAUCACCGACUGUGGGUUUUUGGCUGGCGCGCAGAGAGAACUUGCGAUGCGCCUUUCUAUCCCCAUUGCAGCGUCGGCACUGGCCCAAAUCCCGUCGAUCCAAGCUUUUCUGCGCCCUGGCCAAACCGUCGGCGCGCUGACCUAUGACGAUUCCAAGUUGGGUGUCCGCCAGUUGCUGCAGGUAGGAGUCCACGAUCCAGACGCCGUCUACAUCGCCGCCCCUCCAGAGGAUGGCUGGCUUCGGGGUCAUAUACGAGACGGUGUACCGUAUGACCAUGCCAAAAUUGAAACAGAAUUGGUUGAAUCUGCCUUGGGCCUGUUGAGGAGACAUCCAGAUAUUGGGGCGAUCCUGCUGGAAUGCACUCAAAUGCCGCCAUUUGCCGAUGCUAUUCGCAAGGCCACAAACCUCCCGGUGUAUGAUGUUUACACACUUGGGACGUGGUUUUAUUCGGCUUUGACCAGCCAGCGACCGCAACAUUGGGGACCUAUUUGAGGCCCCGCGCCGGGCCCGCGAAGGAAGCGACUUCUAAGGCACGUAGCCAUGCAAGAGCCAGGCUUGUUGAGGCAUUCAGGUACUAUAAUGACAGCAAUCGAGGUCAGGUAGGUGGGACCUCUCGACUCAUCGAUGCCGGCAUCUCGAGAGUUCUACCUCAUGACAAAGACCACGAGUGUCGACCACGCUAUGUCGGAACUCCUAGCAUUCAGCUCCAACUACUUCACGUUAGACGUCUGCUUUGAGAACUCUAUCGAAAGACCCAAGAAUCUGCGCCGUCGCAAACCCGAUCUUGUCUCAUCCAGAUCUGCAUCAAUUCCUGGAUCACUGCCACGAGCAAUGAGCCCGCAAAGCUGCCAUGCAAGAUGAAGGUGUAAUUUGUAGCUGCAAACUGAGCCAGGAGCUUCCUUAUCGGUUCUUCCCAUCUCUGUCGGAAGGGACAGCGCCA